AUGACGUCGGCCGUUGAGCUCGUGCGCCGCCAGCAGCAGCUGCGCGAGCGCGCCGCAACGCACGCGGGCGUCUUGGACCAGUUGGCAAAGGUCUGUGCCGACGCGCACGGAGCAGCGGCGGCGCUGGACGUAGCAGACGUGACGGAUCACUUGGCCCGCACGGUGACUGCUAUGCAGAAGAGUCUGCGGCUGGUGGGACAGAACGUGGGCGCGAUACUGCAGGACGACGAGCAGAUGCGCGAGCUGUGCGCGUGCGUAAAGCAGGCGGACGCCAGAGCCCUUGAGGCGCUGCAACUGUCGUCGGCAGCGCUGCUGGACGCUCCUCACGAGGCGCCGUGUGGGACGACUGGUCGCCAGCGGACCGCGCACGGGUCUGGAGAUGAUAGUGCUGUGUUCUGCGGGCGUAGGGAGACAUCGAAGCUCGUGGUGUCGCGCUCGGAUGCAGAGAACGUGCGCAACGUGAUGGUAGUCGCCGAGAGCAUGUGCACGACGAUGGACCAUGCGCUCGGUACGAUCACGGACGACGAGCUCGUUCUCGCGUCGCAGCUGUCGCUGGACAUUGCACAAAAGCUGCUGGAAGCAGGACAGGCGCUGUUCACGUCGCUGGGUGACGACGAACGCCGGAAGGUGCGAGCAAGCGAGCGCGGGGAUCGCAUAACGAUUGACGAAGUAGAGGACGAAGAAGUCAAAGGAGCGGGUACACGGCAAUUGGCAGAUACGAUACACGACGACAGGCAACGGAGGAGCGAGAAGAUUGACCAAGAGGUAAAGCAUGUAGCUGUGCUGAGGACGUACGUGGUGGAUUUGUAUACCUGGACGCGACAAAAAGCUGUAGAGCAUCCGUUUGUGGCAGGGGCGGUCACUGUAACAGGACUGCCGUUUAUUGGCUUGGCGAUGCCUGUUGCGUGCUUCGUCGCCGCAGCACUUGUGGCGGAGAAGUAUUACCCCGAACACACAAAGCUGGCAGUAGACAUCAGUGUCAACUUUGUCCAGAUGUCGAAGCUGUGGUGGCUCCUGUUGAAGGUUGCAGCACGCCAAAUUAGUGUCGUGGCUACAGAAUGCUUCACAUCGUGGCAUGAGUACGCAUCCGCGAAUGGCUAUAUGGCUACGGGUCUGGAAAUGGUGUCGACAGGCUGCAAUCUUGGCUUUGUGGGCGCCUCCUACCUCUACCGGAUGACGGUUGGUUUCACCAAGCAAGUUCUCCAGUAA